UCCUCAAAUGUGUGUCGUUAUUUAUGUGUCCAAUAUUGAAACAUUUUGUUCAAUGUGUGUGAUUAUUUAAUGUUUAAAAUGAGUUCAAGACGUUCAAAAAUAAUUAAUAACUACUGCGACGAUGAAGAGCUCGUUUACGACAGCGGAUCCGACUUAAUAGAUAUAUUAAAUAGCGAUGCAAUAUCUUCCAAGAAGUUAGCAUGCUUACAUCACCUUGUCACUAAUUUUGUGAAGCAAAAUCAUGAAGGAGGAUCUCAAAACGAUCUUUUAGAAUCUGCUGUGGUUCAUACUAAAGAAAUGCUUAAUUCUCUUUUCGAAAAGUGUUUUGAGUUAUCAUUUGAAAAUCAAGAAGAAAUGUGUAUGCGUACUUUGGAAAUGAUAAGAUCUACAUUAGAAAUGGUUGUGGAUAUAAUAGAAGUUUUAGAAGAUUUAAUUUCAUACAUUCCAGAUAGUAAUCUACCAAACCAAACAUUUUCAUUGCAUCUAUGUGAUAUUUUAUAUAAAACAUUCUUACACUGUAAAGAAAGCCAUAACAUUUAUUUAAUUUACUACAACUCAAUCAACGAGAUACUAUUAGUAACAUUCAAAAAAGCUCAAGAAGUGCAUUCAAAGUUACUAAAACUGUUAGAAUUUGAUUUAGUUAUUAAUAACAUUAAUGAAGAUGAAAUACUUUUAUUAAAAAAUAUUUUGUGUAACUUGGUUAAUAUUGGAAUUGUAUUAUCUGGGAUGAAUGUAAAAGCGAUGGUCGAUAAUUGGAAAGGAUACACGACUUUAACGCGGAAAUACAGCGAAUUUUUAGCUAAAAACAUGGAUUUAAAUCAACCUUUACAGUUACUUAUGACCGAAAUCUUAAUGAAUUUAAAAGGAGUUUUUGAAAUAGAUAUGGAUGAUUUAACCACAAUAACGUACACUUUAAAAGUUGGUAAUUUUCUCGCUAAAGUUUUAUCAAAGUUAUGUUUCACCUUUUGGGAUGACGUCACAAAUCAUUCCGAAACUUUUUGGAAAUUUUUUAUUGAAUUAUACAGUUAUUCAACCCCUCACUUUAAAAAAGAUUUAUUUUGUACAGCUCAUGUUGUAAGUUUAAUUAAACUGUAUUUAUUGGACGCUUUAGAAUCAUUAAUUGAAAAGUUAUCUUUUGAAGAACAAUUUUGUUCCAUUAACGACAAGUUCGACAAUCAUUCUUAUUCAUACGUCUUAUUUAUAGAAAAAAUUUUGAAAUAUUGGACAAAUAAGCUUGCUAAAUGUCCAAUACAUCAAUACAAUGUGGAUGGAUUACUAAAGCACUUAAUCAAGUGUUUAGAUACAAUUGUUUUAGCCGAUUUCAUUUUACAAUCAACCUCAAUUUACCAAGAAUUAAUCAUUAAAUUGUCUCUUGUGAUAAGUAAUUUAGACGAGAAGAACUUUUCGUGCGUUGAAAACGAAUUGUGUAGGAAUAUUUUUAAUAAAAAUGUUAUGGUUUCUGUUUUUUGUCAAGAAAUUUGGUUGGAAGUUAUCAAAUUAACUCCUUUAAGUUACAAUUAUGAAGUGUUAUGUGUCUUAAUAGAUAGAUUUAUGUUAUUGUUAAACGCUAAAAUUUAUGUAAACCCUCUGGUUUAUCUUUUAACAAACUAUUUAAGAAAGCUAUUUAUGAAUUUAAGCAACGAUUAUAGAAUGCAAUUUCUACUAAAAUAUCCCGUUAAUAAAAAUCUGGUUUUAUGGAAAUCAAUCGGAUUGGAUUUAGUAUCCAUGUCGCCUCGUUUUAAGCAAGAUGUGGACGUUUUAUGUGUGGAGCUUACAAAAUACGGUGAAUUAUUUUUAUUGCGAAGUUGUUCCUUGGAUCAAUACCUAAAUCUUGUCAAUUUAUUAAACGUAACAUCCACCAUCCCAUCCAAUGAAUUAUCAACAAAUCUAAACAAAUUAUCUUCCUUACUUAUUGAAAUGUGGAUUUUAGAGUUUAACGAAGACAUCAUUGAUUCUCCUUUCUUUAAUUUACUCUUAGAAGGAGUGAUUAACUUAACUUUAUCGUUAAUAUCGAAAUUUAAUGAACAACAAUUAAUCGAAAUCUUGAAAACGUUACAAUCCUUAAUAAAAGUCAACGACACAUCAAAAAUCCAUUCAAUUAAAAUAAUAAAGAAAUUAAUAUUUAACCCGACCCAGAAAAACUCCAACACAAUAUUAUUUCACAUCGAAGAAAUGAUCACCGCAUUAUUAACGGCAAAUCAAACCGUUUUAACAAAUGAAAUUCUCAACUUAAUAAGAAAAUGUCCUAAUGUUAAGCAAAAAACUUUUCUUGAGAACACACUCAAAAAAAAUUUCGAUUUAAACACUAAAUAUGAAACUUUUUUAAAAUCUAAUAACGAUAAUUCUGUUAAUACUAUGAAUAUUUCGAAUUUGAUUUUAAAUCAAACGGCUGAUUUAGCGAAAUCGGAUAGUUUUCAUAAAUGCGUACAAUGGAGUGUUGAGCCGAAAAUUAAAAAAAUGAAGUUGGAUGAAAACGUUGAUUUGGAAAAAGUUUUGAAUAAAAUAAAAGAGGACGUUUAUGGCCUUAAAGAGUUGAUAAAACGCGAACCCUUUCAGAGUCGACAUGUUGAUGUGAUUCACGAUGUUAUUGAUGACUUACAGUUAUGCUUAAAAUAGUCUAUACGAAAUUGUUGAAUGAAUAAUUUAAGGCUAUUGUUCAAAAUUCAUUUAUUUUG